CCAGGGGCCUGGGCGAUCCUAGCUCUGGCGCUGUGGGGUGGUAGGGUAGCAGCGGUUUAAUCCCUGUGUGUUAUUUGCCCUGCCUCUGAAAGCUGGGGAUCUUGACGUGUACAUCCAGCAGUGGGACAACCAGCUUCCAUGCGGUUACUGCUCCUGCUCACUCUGCUGCUGCUGAGAAGUGCCCCAAAGGGGCUUUCAUUUGGGAGACCGCGUGGGAGGUCAGGGCAGUUUACAGAAGAUAUGAUCCCUACAGUAGGCUUCAAUAUGAGAAAAAUAACAAAAGGAAAUGUUACUAUAAAGGUUUGGGACAUUGGAGGACAACCAAGGUUUCGAAGCAUGUGGGAACGCUAUUGCAGAGGAGUCAAUGCAGUUGUUUACAUGGUGGAUGCAGCAGACUUAGAAAAAGUGGAAGCUUCAAAAAAUGAACUGCACAACUUAAUAGACAAGCCACAAUUGCAUGGAAUCCCAGUGUUAGUCCUUGGAAAUAAAAGAGAUCUUCCAGGUGCACUGGAUGAAAAGCAGCUAAUUGAGAAAUUAAACCUUUCAGCCAUUCAAGACCGAGAGAUCUGCUGCUAUUCUAUUUCCUGUAAAGAGAAGGAUAACAUAGACAUAACAUUACAAUGGCUUAUUCAGCACUCCAAAUCAAGACAGUGUUGAAGAAAGCUUUUCCUGAAAAUACUUUUCUUUCGAAAUCAUGCUGAUCCUCAGCUGCUAUACACUACUGAAAGGAUAAAAGCAAAACUGCAUACUACCAGGACUCACCUUGACCAGAUUCAUUAACAAAACAAAACAAAAAAAAAACUUCAGUGAAUUAGGGCCUUUAAAAAUAAAUCCAGAUUUUGUCUGUCUGUGAGAUUCCUACAUGCCUUAAUAUGGGACUGAAAAAAAUUAGUACUUUUUCUGAGCUGAAAUGUUUUGAGUUUAUGCAUGUGAAUUGUCAAAUAUUUAGUAACACUUUUUUUAAUUUGAAGCUGAAUAAACUGCUCGGUUGAAACUGA